AUGGAUCCUGUUAUCACAGACUUUCACUUUUCCUCUUUGCAGCAGUUGCGAUCGAACCUGCGGGAGAUGGAGAAGUUGUGUGGGCGGGUCCACAGUGCCGAUGCCGAAGCUCUGGAGAAACUUGUUCAGCCAAUCAGAGAUCGAGCCUCCGCUGCCAUUCAGGAGUUCCUCCGGAUUCACUCGGAUGCAAUCAAUAAGCCAGAUGCUCCAACUAUCAGCACUCACGGAACUAUCAGCAAUGCCUCAGAGACAUUGCACAGUAUGUUUCUGAGUGAUGGUGAUACAGGUUUGCCCGGUUCCGCUGUCACUCAAACACAGCUGCUACUGCCUGAAAUCCCUCCAGAACAGAAUGCUGCUGAGUCCUGGGACUCUUUAGCUGAGGACCUACUGGAGUUAAAUGGUUUAGUAAACGAGUUCUCCACUCUUGUUCAU